CCCCCGCCGGUUUCCCCCCUCGGGUUCCCGGUCCCUGCGCUGCCCCAGGUCCGCCCCUUCCGUCCGGUGGCCCCGCCUCAGUCGCCCCGCUUGCGCCCCGGAGUUGGGGUGGGGGCGCGGAGCCGCCUGCGGCGGGUGUGAGGCACAAUGGCCGCCCCAGCGCGGGUCCCGGUCACGCGGCAGGUCAGCGGUCGCGCUGCCCCGGCCCCGGCGGCGAGCGGCCCCGAGCGCGGGCAGCCCCUGGCCGCCGCCGUGGCAGAGCUGCCCGUGCUGGACGCCUCCGGGCGCCGGGUGCCGUUCGGCGCGCUGUUCCGGGAGCGCCGCGCCGUGGUGGUGUUCGUUCGGCAUUUCCUGUGUUACAUCUGCAAGGAAUACGUAGAGGAUCUGGCCCAAAUACCCCCGAGUUUCUUACAGGAAGCAAAUGUCAGCCUUAUAGUGAUUGGACAGUCAUCCUACCAUCAUAUUGAGCCUUUCUGUAAACUGACUGGGUAUUCUUAUGAAAUCUACGUUGAUCCUGAGAGAGAAAUUUAUAAAAGAUUGGGAAUGAAAAGAGGUGAAGAAAUUGCCUCCUCGGGAAAGAGCCCCCACGUAAAAUCAAACAUACUCUCAGGAAGCAUUCGGAGCCUGUGGCGGGCAGUGACUGGCCCGCUCUUUGAUUUCCAAGGAGACCCAGCUCAGCAAGGUGGAACCCUUAUUUUAGGUCCAGGUAACAACAUCCAUUUCAUACACCGUGAUAGGAAUAGAUUGGAUCACAAACCCAUUAACUCUGUUUUACAGCUGGUAGGAGUUGAGCACGUGGACUUUACAAGACCUGCAGUUAUCCACGUGUGAUGGUGCGGACUCUGCUGCUUUCAGUGGGCCUGGCUGUGAUCUGGGCUGUCAGCACAUGGUGUCCCUGUGUGGGGCCCCUUGUCUGCUCUUCUCAGCCUUUGAGGAGUUAACAAAUAUAAAGAGACCACGUACCAGUUGCAUUGCUUGCUGGGAGGCACUAUUGUCAAAAAUGUGAUACAUACUUACAAUUUUAUAGCUUUUAGAAUUUUAUACAAAAUCUUAAUUUAUACAGAAUAAAACUUCAAAAGCUGUAAAAUUACAAAUACCUUUUUUAUAUAAUGGUAUGUCCAUUCAAUGAAAGCUUCUAUUGGCCAUUAAAAUAAUAAAUCCUUAUGAAGAACAUAAAAGAGGAAGAGUAAGCAACUCGAGACCAUUUUAGCCAAUGAAAAAAGAACAUUAAAGUCUGUAAACAAUAUCAUCACAUUUUUAUAUGUAUAUGUUUAUGUUUUGUAUGCUUAGAAAAAAAGGAAGUAAAUACACCCUAAUAUAGCCCAGUAGGUAGUUAUCUUUAUGUGGCAGGAUUACGGGUGUUUCAUUUUCUUUUCCAUACCUGUAUUUCCUAUUUGUAAUGAGCAUGAUUGACCUUUUUGGCCAUGAAAAGGUCUUUAAAGAUUAUAUGAAGAAUAUAUUCCAGAUGACAAGCUCCACAAAGAAGCAGUUAGAUAUGCCACAGUCCAUGUUUCUAUCCUAAUUAACUCUUUUGGGAGGAAAUACGGCAAACCAAGUCUUUCAAAGCACCUUGUACCACACACCACUAUCUAUUUCACUAGCAUUUGGGGUUCGAGGGAGAGUAAAAGGAGAAAAGUAUGUUUUAGAUAUUUUAACAUGUUUUUUAAAUAUAGGCUUUUUGAAAGGAAUUUUUGGAAUUGUUUAAACUAAAAAAGCUUUUGUCACUUAACCAUACACUGUGGCUUGGUUGUAUGUUCCUAGAUAGCUUCUAGUUCUCACCCCCAAAUUGCUUUUAUUCAGUGGACUAUUACCACCUUUUAUUUUUCUAGACUCUUAAUAUGUUUACUUGGGAAGUAUCCAGAAAAGUACAGCAAAUUCAAAAUAUUGGUAAUUAUCAGCAAGUGUAAUACUGCUUUGAACUUACAAACCUUUACAUGAAGCAUAUUAAGUCACACACAAAAUACACAUAUAUCCAAAAAAAGUCCAAAUACUUCAAUGUAUUUUUAUGUAUAUAUGCACAAUCAUGUUUUCAAUCAAUAAAAAUGAAAUUUCUCAUAAAACUUAAAAUUCAACAAA